AAUGAAUAGAUUGCUUCUCUUUGCUUCAGAUUGUGGAAAGGUUGAAUGUUUGUUAAACAGUUUUGAAAAGUACUUUAAUGUAUAGGUUAUUGAGUCAAAUUACAAAUAAAUAGUAAAUGAAGUAUUGAGCAAAGAUACUCAAUGUGUAUUUGUCACAGAGAAUAGUUUGAAAUCAUAAAUAAUAUUUAAUAAAUUUGAUAAAAUAAGAGCUGCUAUUUGUUACAAUUAAUAUUUUGUAUAAAUGUGUAGAGAAGUAUAAGAAUAAAAAUAAAUUAGCAUAAUGAUGCCAAUGUGAUUAUUAUACCAUUAGAUAAUAUAGCUUAAAAUGUUGCUCUUCAUUUUGCAUAAGGUUUAUCAUAAGCAGAAUUUGACACAAAAACCACUCCAAAUCAUUAAAGAAGAGUUAAUAAAUUAAAUUUAAUAUAAUGAUAU